AUGUGAUUGUGAGUGUGUGUAUUAUUACCAAUAAACCAGCCUACCAUCACUAUCCCAAAGAGUCGAUUCUUUCGAAUAUCAAACAAUAGUGCAUCAAGCAUUCAAGCUUCAUCUUAAAAGACAAGGUACACAAUAUCUAGUUGAUCUUCAUACUUCAAGUUACGAACCUCUAGGAAACAAUAAACUGACCAUUUGAGAUUGCACAUAAAUGUGACAAAUAAAAUCGGAUAACCAAUCCACUGACAAAUAAUUAUCAUAUAUUGGUAAUUUUGUAUCAGAGUUAAUACCAGCCAAGGUCCCUCGAGUAUAGUGGUUUCGCCAUCUAUCGUCCUAAACUUUUAAAUCAACCCUCCGUCAUCCUCAUUUUUUUGAAUUUGACCUGCCCUAGUCCUUCCGUUAAUCUUCUCCGUUAGAGCUGUGAAAUGUGAAGGCAAAUGAGACAUUUCACAUUUUGCUCUCCAGAUGUUGACACGUGUAAUUAAAUCUCACUUCGCCGACACCACCGAUUUUUCCCUAAAACGACACCUAGCGAGUAGAGAAGAUGAUUUGGGCAUCGGAUGUGGCUGAAAUUUAGGUCUGAAGCAAUGACAAGAGAGCAUCCAGAUUCACAGCAACUGCACAAGGGAUCCAUGUAAAGACCACACCACAUUGAAACAGGAAAAUAAAACUAUCAUUUACAAGCACAUAUAAUUCUAACAACAAUGGGACCAGGCUGGUAAUCUGAAAUACUGAAACUCAUUUUGCAGGUUUGAGUUCUGCAAUACUGUGAAAGUUGUUAAGCACUCCACCCUAGAUCACUGUUCUUCUAUUGCCCUCUGAGGAGAUGAUAUUUCCUCUAUUUGGGGGCAAUCAAACAUUCAACCCUAGGAGAUCAAUGGAUAUGGGGGUGCAAAUCCUCGAGAUCGGAAUCGGAGUCGGAAUCCGAGGAGGAAGACGACAGAGAAGAGGAAGUGAGAUAUUGGUCGGGAGAAGGGAAGCAGAAGAAGGCCCAAAGAGAGCGAGGCGGCUGAGCCGUUCCGGGUUGCAAGCUAUGUAUUGGCACAAAUCUGUUGAAACAUUCGCCACACCCACCACCAAUUUCGAAAAUGGUGGAGUCCAUUGCGUCGUCGUUCUGGACUGCAAUCGCGGCGGAGGAUCCAGGUUCCGUCACUACCUGACCACCGUCCGAGAUGUGCAAUACUGCAUUCGCGAAGCCUUCAACGCAACCGAGGUCGGAGGCGGAAAGAGAGUGAACGAAGCUAACAAUCGGCUGAGCAAAAUGGGAGAGCAAAAUGUAAAAUGUCUUAUUUGCCCUCACAUUUCACGGCUCAGACGGAGAAGAUUAACGGGAGGACUAGGGCAGGUCAAAUUUGAAAAAAUGAGGAUGACGAAAGGUUGAUUUGAAAGUUUAGGACGAUAGAUAGCGGAACCACUAUACUCGAGGGACCUUGGCUAGUAUUAACUCUUUUGUAUCAUAUACCUUACUCCUCUAGUAAAAGUCAAAGGAAGUAUGAUUAUCUGUUAGGAAUAUAUGUUAUAGAUUUUGAUGAGCCAAAAAUGUAAUUUUAAUUUGAAAAAUUGUACCCCAGAUUUAUUUUGUAAUUUAGUUGCUUAAAAUCAUCCAAGUGUCA